CAAGAUAUGAAGCCUCCGAUUCUGCAUCAACCGCAGCAGACGCAGCUGCCGCAGGCUUCGGCAGGACAAGUGCAUCAGACGCAUCAUUCCAUGCAUUCCCAGCAGACGUCACCCAGACCUGGUUCCGGCGGCCAUACUGAACUGCCCCAAACCAACCACGGGCAGAGUGGGAACCCCAACAGCGGAAGUCCUACAAACAACAACAACAACAAUUCUGCCAACUCAAAGAACAACAUGGACCCUAGUCGCGUCAAACGACCAAUGAACGCUUUCAUGGUGUGGUCACGUGGGCAGCGAAGAAAGAUGGCGCAGGAGAAUCCGAAAAUGCACAAUUCUGAAAUCAGCAAGCGACUGGGAGCGGAGUGGAAACUGCUUAGCGAGACUGAGAAACGGCCUUUCAUCGACGAGGCCAAAAGACUUCGUGCUAUCCACAUGAAGGAGCAUCCAGACUACAAAUACAGACCACGUAGGAAGACGAAGACCCUGAUGAAGAAGGACAAAUAUGCUCUUCCCGGAAUGCCGAAUCCAGCAAUGGCGCAGGUGGGCAGAGACCACACAGGGAUGUACCCGAGCCAUAUGAAUUCUUAUAUGUCCAACGGUUACAUGAUGGGCGAGCAUAACCCUUACCAACAGAUGGCAGGACAUUUGCCCGGACUUAACCCCGCUCAGUACUACCCGAACUUCUCUGCUCAAGCUAUGCAAGGUCAGGUCACUUCUGGAAGUUACAUGAACAGCGCCAACAGUUACAACAUGACUAUGGCCCAAAUGGCACCUUACGCCGCACACAAUAUGUCCCCCACGCCUCAAGUCCACCCGAACACCCCCGGCAUUAAACGAGAAACAGGCACACCCACCCAGGGGUCCGUCGGAGCUGCUCCGGCUCACUCAGGCCCCAGCAAAUCGCCGUACCCCACACCCACGGCGGCUCAGACUGGGAACGAAAUCCGCGAGUUCAUUUCAAUGUAUCUACCAGGACAGUCCGAGCAUAUCAUGAACAACAACGACCAACAGUCUGCAUUUGUAGCCGCCCAGCAGCGGUUACAGCAGAUGCAGCAGUAUGCUAUCAACGGCCACCACAUCCCUUCAUCCGACAACAACACUUUACCUCUCUCACACAUGUGA